CAACUAUUGAGAAGCCUUGUGUUGCAGUAGAACAUUGUAUAUACCAAUAGAAAUUAUGAUGCUUGCCAAUUUAAAUAAAUUACCGGUGCGUUAAAGAUAAUAAAUUUCGCUAAGGUUUGGAGAAUCCUAGGACUUGCCCAACGAUGUCCCAGUCCUUUGUCUGUAAAACAGCAAAAUCGUCUUUCAAAAAGAACAACACAAGCUAAACAAACAUGUUUAUGAAUAAAGCAUAAAUUGGGCCAGUAACCCCAAGAUGUAUUCUUUGAACGGAGGUAGGAAACAUAGAAGGUGCUCACAAAAACGAAUUGCUGACUUAUUGCGACUCAACGUAUUUGAAAGGAUUGGAUUUUUAACUACCCAGAAAAUCGUAGAUAUUUGGAUGCAUCCCCGAUUUUUUGUUUUGUUUAAAAAUCUAGGGACUAUUGGAUUUAUGGCUAGUUUGUAUUGGCAUUUUGAUAUUUGCAUUUGGAGAUAUGUCAAGCUGACAGAAACAUAACCUCAGAAUUGUCAAAAUACAAAUCCAAACAUCAAGUAAAAAAAAGCAUUUUGUUAAAAUUUGUUUUCUGCAAUUAAUCGUCUAAAAUAAAAGAUGGGGAAAAGACAGCACCAAAAGGAUAAAAUGUACGUUACGUACACCGAAUGGACAACCUUAUAUGGCGGCAAGAAAAGUGGUGAACCAUCUAAGGAGGAACAGAACUUCAGAAGACUCCCUUUUGAUCAUUGUUGUCUGUCUCUCCAGCCAUUCCGUGUGCCCUAUUGUGAUCUUGACGGAAAUAUAUUUGAUUUAGAGGCUCUAAUACCCUAUUUGAAGAAGUAUAAAACCAACCCUGUUACAGGAAAAUCUUUGGAUUUUAAGUCACUGAUUCAGUUGAAUUUUCAUCGAAAUGAGGAAGGGGAAUUUGAAUGUCCAGUUUUGUUCAAGCCAUUGACAAAAAGCUCACAUAUAGCAACUAUAGCUACUACUGGAAAUGUAUACUUAAUGGAGGCUAUAGAACAACUGAAUAUAAAAAAUAAAAAUUGGAAGGAUUUAAUAACAGAUCAACCAUUUGAGAGGAAAGAUAUAAUAAUCCUUCAAGAUCCCAAUAAACUGAGCAAGUUUAAUAUAUCAAGUUUUCAUCAUAUUAAGAAUAGCUUAAGAGUUGAAACUGAGGUUUUAGAGGAAAUAUCAGAUAAGUCAGACCCACAGGCUACUCUAAAAUCAAUCAACCCAGAAACUAAAUACACAUUGGAAGAGUUGAACAGAGACUAUAAGAAACCAACAAUUGAAAUAAAUAAGAAGGAAAGCACUGCAAAAGCAGAUAAGUUCAAUGCUGCACAUUAUUCUACUGGUGCUGUGGCAGCUAGUUUUACAUCUACUGCUAUGGUACCAAAAUUAGAACAUGAGGCUGCUAUUAUACAUGAAGAUGAAGUGAGGUAUCAAAGGGUCAAGAAGAAAGGCUAUGUUAGACUUGUUACAAACUUAGGUAUAUUGAAUCUAGAAUUACACUGUGACAUGGUUCCAAAAACAUGUGAAAAUUUCAUAAAACACUGUGAAAAUGGUUAUUACAAUGGCACAAAGUUUCACAGAUCAAUCAGGAAUUUUAUGAUACAAGGUGGUGAUCCGACAAAUACAGGAAAUGGUGGAACAUCUAUUUGGGGAAAGGAUUUUGAAGAUGAGUUUCGACCUAACCUGAGUCACACUGGUAGAGGCAUUUUGUCCAUGGCAAAUUCUGGAAAAAAUACAAAUGGAUCACAGUUUUUCAUAACAUUCAGAUCGUGUCGACAAUUGAACAAUAAACAUACAGUGUUUGGAAGAGUGGUGGGAGGUAUUGAAACCUUGAAUGAAGUAGAGAAAAUUGAAGUUGAUAAUAAAGAUAGGCCUAUAGAAGACAUAAUCUUGUUACAAGCACAGAUAUUUGUCAAUCCUUAUGAUGAAGCUGAUGAACAGCUCGCUAAAGAGAGACAGGAGGAUUUAGAAGCACAGCAGAAAGAACUGGCUAAGAAAAAUCAAAAGGCGGAGUCUCAGAAAGAACUAAGAGUAUUUAGAACCGGUGUUGGAAAAUACAUCAAUCCAAAUUCUGCCAAGGGAGAGGAUAAAGAUGUCGAAAAUGAACCAACCAAAAAGAAGAAAAAGACAGUGAAUUCAUUCAAUUUCGAUAACUGGUAAUAUAAUGAAAUGUAACAAUAUUUUUUAAAUACAAUUUAAAUAUUUAUUUUUAUCAUAAUCUAUAGGAUUAAUACAAUGCUUAGUUAUUCCUCAUGAAUACAGUUAGUCUAAUUCAUUUUAUUACAAAUGCGGGGCCCUAAACUUUUUUCUGUGAACAAAUUGAAUAUCAGAAAUUACUGGUUUCGGAAGUUGUUGCUCUUAGCCUAGAUGCGACGAGCUAGCGAAGAGUGCUGCAAUAUGUACCGAUAGAUUUAAUUUGCCAUAUCGACAACUUGGAUUAGAAUUGAACUAGCCUGUACGAUCAAUAGAGUUAUUUCAUUACAUAAUAUGUAGCAGAUUUAUUAUGUUAUAAGUAAAUAUACGCUUGAAAAGAG